CCGGAUCCAUUUGUCUUUUCCAUUUUUUAUUUUAUUUUUGGGUCCAAGCUUCCGUUUGCUUUUCGGGAGGGCGAUCGAUCGGGGGAGAGGGAGGCGACGACAGAAGGAAUCCGAAGAGGGGAAAGGAGAUCCUUCAGCCCUUCCUUUCCCCAUCAUCUUCUUGGUCUCGAUUCGACACGGGCGGGGGAUUCGGGGUCAUUUGGGGGCCGGGGGUGGCCGAUGUGGUGAUCUCGAAACCCUCGUCGAGCGAAUCGGGCAGCGCAAUAGCCGCAGAGGUGGCGGCGUGCCGGGGGAGCAGUCGCAUCGUACCGGAGAUUUAGGGAACCCCAUCUUUCUUGGUUUUGACUCCGGCCGGCGAGGGUAGCUGCCGCGAUGGAGGUGGAUGCCUCGAUGUCGACGGAUCCCGACCACGAUCCGGCCGCGGAGAACCACCUUGAUGGCUCCGGUGAGCCCUCGUCGCCGCCGACGCCGGCGGUCGGGCAGGGUCAGCCCGUCUUGGUUGGGCCGAGGCCUGCUCCGACGUAUAGGGUGGUGAAUUCGAUCAUCGAGAAGAAGGAGGACGGGGCUGGGUGCCGAUGCGGGCACACGCUCACGGCCGUCCCGGCAGUCGGGGAGGAGGGAACGCCGGGGUUCAUCGGCCCGCGGCUUAUACUGUUUGGUGGUGCGACGGCGUUAGAGGGCAAUUCGGCAGCACCACCAUCUCCGGCAGGGAGUGCUGGAAUCCGUCUCGCAGGUGCAACUGCUGAUGUUCAUUGUUAUGAUGUGCUCUCAAACAGAUGGACAAGGUUGAUGCCCCUUGGAGAACCACCAUCGCCCAGGGCUGCACAUGUUGCUACUGCUGUGGGAACUAUGGUGGUAAUUCAGGGUGGAAUCGGCCCUGCUGGUUUGUCGGCUGAGGAUCUUCAUGUUCUGGACUUGACACAACAGAGGCCACGGUGGCAUAGAGUUGUUGUCCAAGGACCCGGCCCUGGACCACGUUAUGGUCAUGUGAUGGCUUUGGUUGGGCAAAGAUUUCUUCUGGCUAUUGGUGGUAAUGAUGGUAAGCGACCUUUAGCUGAUGUUUGGGCCCUAGACACUGCUGCCAAACCCUAUGAAUGGAGAAAAUUGGAACCAGAAGGUGAAGGCCCACCACCAUGCAUGUAUGCAACUGCAAGUGCACGCUCUGAUGGUCUUCUUCUGCUAUGCGGAGGGAGGGAUGCUAACAGCGUGCCUUUAUCAAGUGCAUAUGGUCUUGCAAAACACAGGGAUGGGCGUUGGGAAUGGGCUAUGGCUCCUGGUGUCUCUCCGUCUCCAAGAUACCAGCAUGCAGCUGUUUUUGUUAAUGCAAGACUUCAUGUGUCUGGAGGGGCCCUUGGUGGUGGACGGAUGGUAGAUGACUCUUCAAGCAUUGCAGUGUUGGAUACUGCUGCUGGAGUUUGGUGUGAUACAAAGUCUGUUGUCACUAGUCCCAGGACAGGUAGAUAUAGUGCAGAUGCAGCUGGUGGUGAUGCAUCUGUUGAGCUCACACGGCGUUGUAGGCAUGCAGCCGCUGCAGUUGGAGAUUUGAUCUUUAUUUAUGGAGGGUUACGUGGAGGUGUGCUUCUUGAUGAUUUACUUGCUGCUGAAGAUCUGGCUGCUGCUGAAACAACAAGUGCCGCUUCUCAUGCUGCAGCAGCAGCUGCUUCUCUUAAUGUACAAUCUGGAAGAAUGCCUGGAAGAUACACAUAUUCUGAUGAAAGAUCAAGGCAAGAUAUUCCUGAAACAGUUCCUGAUGGUGAAAUCAUGGUGGGAACUCCUGUUGCUCCUCCAGUAAAUGGGGAUAUGUACACUGACAUAAGCACUGAAAACGCAUUGCUGCAGGGAUCAAGGAGACCGAGCAAAGGUGUUGAGUAUUUAGUCGAAGCCUCAGCAGCAGAGGCUGAGGCAAUUAGUGCUACUUUAGCUGCUGCGAAGGCACGACAAAUUAAUGGUGAAGUUGAACAAUUGCCCGAUAGAGAUCGUGGUUCAGAAGCCACACCAAGUGGGAAGCCAAUCUCAAGCAUGGAUAAGGUGCCAGAUCCUUUUGCAAAUAAUACACCACCAGCAGGGGUUCGGCUUCACCAUAGAGCGGUGGUGGUAGCUGCAGAGACAGGAGGUGCGUUGGGUGGUAUGGUCAGACAGCUUUCAAUCGAUCAGUUUGAAAAUGAAGGCAGGAGGGUCAGUUAUGGUACUCCUGAGAGUGCUACUGCAGCUAGGAAGUUGUUAGAUAGACAAAUGUCUAUUAAUACUGUGCCCAAAAAGGUUAUAGCACAUCUUUUGAAGCCACGUGGUUGGAAGCCCCCUGUACAGAGACAGUUUUUCUUAGAUUGCAAUGAAAUUGCAGAUCUGUGUGACAGUGCCGAAAGAAUAUUUACUGGGGAGCCAAGUGUUCUACAAAUAAAAGCUCCUGUCAAGAUCUUUGGUGAUUUACAUGGUCAGUUUGGAGAUCUCAUGCGGUUAUUUGAUGAGUAUGGAGCUCCUUCAACAGCAGGGGACGUAGCUUAUAUCGAUUACCUCUUCUUGGGAGACUAUGUUGAUCGUGGUCAGCAUAGCUUAGAGACAAUUUCUCUUCUUCUUGCAUUGAAGGUUGAGCAUCCUCAUAAUGUACAUUUAAUCCGUGGAAAUCAUGAGGCAGCAGAUAUCAAUGCUUUAUUUGGCUUCCGGAUUGAGUGCAUCGAGCGAAUGGGAGAGCGAGAUGGGAUCUGGACCUGGCAUCGCUUUAACCGACUUUUUAAUUGGCUGCCUUUAGCCGCAUUGAUUGAAAAGAAAAUUAUCUGCAUGCAUGGUGGGAUAGGUCGGUCCAUAAAUCAUGUGGAGCAGAUUGAGAACCUUCAGCGUCCAAUCACAAUGGAAGCAGGCUCGAUAGUUCUUAUGGAUCUUCUGUGGUCUGAUCCUACUGAAAAUGAUAGCGUUGAGGGGCUUCGACCAAAUGCUAGGGGUCCAGGCCUCGUCACUUUUGGGCCUGAUCGUGUUAUGGAGUUCUGCAAUAACAAUGACCUCCAGUUGAUAGUACGAGCACAUGAGUGUGUGAUGGAUGGUUUUGAGCGUUUUGCUCAGGGACAUUUGAUUACUCUUUUCUCCGCAACCAAUUAUUGUGGGACUGCAAACAAUGCAGGGGCAAUUUUGGUUUUAGGAAGAGACCUUGUGGUUGUCCCAAAACUCAUUCAUCCUUUACCCCCUGCCAUUAGUUCACCUGAUGCGUCGCCAGAGCAUCACACCGAAGAUACAUGGAUGCAGGAACUCAAUGCCAACAGGCCCCCGACACCAACCCGGGGCCGACCUCAAUCAUCAAAUGAUCGAGGUUCUCUUGCCUGGAUAUAGCAAUCAUCUGAGAGAUGCCGCAGUCAAUCAUAUUCUCUGUCUGGUCUGAGGCUUUACUGGGAUAUGUGACUGGCCCAUUUCAAACACAAGGAACCAUUUUUGCUAGUUUGAAGCGACAUCGAUCACUGCUGUAAAGGUCUAUAAGAGGUCAGCACAAGAGCUACACGUUGAAGUUGCAAAGAAAAAGCUGGCAUCUGUGGAUGAGCAACUGAUACAUAACCCAACACGUAUCAUGUGGCUGGUUCACUGCACCUGGAUGAAACCAGUCCGAAGCUGCCUCAGUUCCUUGCAAGGUUCACCUGUGUAUAUGUAGCUGCCGGAUAGGUGUGUGUGUACGUUGGUUUUCUAUUCACCAUUGGAAUUAUUGAUAGGUUCUCUCUGGUAUGUAUGUAUUCUUUGGUGCAUUCAGUUUUGUUUGAGGGACACAAAAAUAGUUUUGGUAACAGCCACACGAGUUCUAAGAUCCAUGUGUAGUCCUGUAUCAUAGCGCUAUCUCUACUUGCAGCACUUGUAUUUUUGUUGGUGGUGGGUCUGGUACCUGGCGAAUUCAAAUUUAUUCUGAGCAAACAUUAUGGUCAUCCGAGUCUUAUUGUAGGAGAUUAAUAUCAGUUGAAUCCGCAGGAGAUUUGAGCUCUA